UCCUCAGCAGGGGCAGCCACAGCUGGACAGACACAGGGCAGGGACUCAGAAGGGCCCGUGGGUGGGGGCACAGAGACCCUGAACACCCGGGACCAGACAGACUUCAGCCCCUCCACCUCCUCAGCCAGAGGGAAUCUGGGACCCUUGAGGCACAGACUUGGGGUCCUGGGCAGAGCUGAUAGCGAGGUUGUGUCUUGCGGGCCUCUGGGGCUCGCCUUACACCCAAUCAGAGUAAGGUGGGCUGGGCCGUCAGUCUUUAAAAAGAUCGAAAACCAACGAGGAAGCUGGAAAGGAGUUCCUUUCAAAUUGCUCACCCAGAGCUCUACAGGAAUGGGGAUGGUUUUCCCCGGGGACCCCAGAGCCCUGAGCCACCUGCUGCUCCUGUUGCUGCUGCUGGAGGAGUCGCGGGGGUUCCCCCCUGGAACCCACACUCUCCGCUAUGACCUCAUGGCCCUGUCCCUGGACAGGCCUGGGAAGCACCAGUUCCUGGCCCUGGGGUACUUUGAUGAUGAGCUCUUCCUGCACUAUGAUGGCGAGAGCCAGAUGGCAGAGCCCCGGGGUCUAGGGAUCAAGAUGGACCUGGGAGCUGAGACCUGGGAGAGAGAAACGAAAGACCUGAAGGAGAAGGAGUGGCAGCUCAGACAGAUGCUGACAGAGAUCAUGGGCCAGCAGGGCCAGGGCUCAGGCCAUCACUCCCUCCAGGCCACAUUGGGCUGUGAGCUCCAGGGAGACCUGAGUGUUAGAGGCUUCUGGCGCUUGGGCUACAACGGGCAAGAUCAGGACUUCCUCACCUUCGACUCAGAGACCCUCCCAUGGACAGUGGCCACACCCUCAGCCCCGCACAUCAAGAAGCUCUGGGAGACCCAAGGCCCCAGGGCUUAUCUGGUUAAGACUUUCCUGCAUGUGACUUGUCCUGCACAACUCUGGAGAUACCUGGCCUCUUGGAGGGGCCUCCUGGAGAAUACAGAUCCCCCGUCAGUGACUGUGACCUGGAGUAAGAACCUGCUGGGCAAGGUCCUCCUGAGGUGCUGGGCUUUUAGCUUCUAUCCUCGGGGUGCCACCCUGACCUGGCUUCGGGAUGGGGAGCCCAUGCAGCAAGGCACCUUUGGGCCUGGGAUCAGCCUGCCCAGUGGGGACGGGACCUACCAGACCUGGGUGGACACUCGGAUCCUGCCCGGAGAGGAGCAGGUGUUCACCUGCCACGUGGGACACUGCGGGCUGAACACCACGGUCCCUGCAGUCUCUGGUGAGGAGCUGGGGGAGCCCUCGGGGUCCAGGGAGCUGGAGGCAGAGUUGGUAUAG